AUGGCGUUUGUGCCCAUGGGGCCUGAGGCCUCGUUCUUCGAGGUUUUGGAUCGGCACCGAGUUUCCCUGCUGGCCACCCUGAGGAGAGGCGUGCGGGAGCCCGCGGGCGGGGGGACACACCUGGCCUCCAGUUCUGAGGUUCUUGCAUCUAUAGAAAAUAUUAUCCAAGAUAUAAUAACAAGCUUGGCAAGAAACGAAGCACCUGCAUUCACAAUAGACAACAGAUCAAGCUGGGAAAAUAUAAAAUUUGAAGAUUCUGUCGGUCUUCAGAUGGUAUCCCACUGUACCACAAGGAAAAUCAAAAGUGAUUCACCAAAAUCAGUUAAAAAUUUUGCUCUAAUUCUUAAAAUAUUGUCCAUGAUUUAUAAAUUAGUACAGAGCAACACUUAUGCAACCAAAAGAGACAUAUAUUACACUGACAGCCAACUCUUUGGUAACCAGACCAUUGUGGACAACAUUAUCAAUGAUAUCUCUUGUAUGUUGAAAGUGCCAAGGAGGUGUUUACAUAUAUUAUCUACAUCAAAAGGUUUACUUGCUGGCAAUUUAAAGUAUAUCGAGGAAGAUGGCACCAAAGUGAGUUGUAGCUGUGCAACAGCCGUUGCUGUGCCAUCUAAUAUUCAAGGAAUUCGGAAUUUAAUUACAGAUGCAAAAUUUCUAUUAAUUGUGGAAAAAGAUGCGACAUUUCAACGACUCCUAGAUGACAACUUUUGCAGCAAAAUAUCUCCAUGCAUCAUGGUUACGGGAAAGGGAGUACCUGAUCUGAACACAAGACUUUUAGUCAAGAAGCUGUGGGAUACAUUUCACAUCCCCAUUUUCACUCUUGUAGAUGCUGACCCUCAUGGCAUAGAAAUAAUGUGCAUUUAUAAGUAUGGAUCUAUGUCUAUGUCUUUUGAAGCCCACAAUCUCACAGUUCCAGCUAUUAGAUGGCUUGGCCUCCUCCCUUCUGAUAUUAAAAGGUUAAACAUACCUAAAGAUACUUUAAUUCCAUUGACAAAACGGGACCAAAUGAAACUUGACAGUAUCCUGAAGAGACCUUAUGUUACUUGCCAACCAUUUUGGAGAAAAGAAAUGGACAUAAUGGCUGACUCUAAAAUGAAGGCAGAAAUUCAAGCCUUGACCUUCCUAUCAUCAGAUUAUCUUUCCAGAGUAUACUUACCUAACAAAUUAAAAUUUGGAGGAUGGAUAUAAAAAUAUAUCAGAAUAUAUCUUGAGAUUGCAAGAGGAUUCUCAUUUAUUUUUUUUCCAGUAGUAGAUACUGUUGUGAAAAAGACAUGUAUUCAUAACUCCAUAGAGGUAAAAUAAUUUUCCAUUAAUUUUUGCCAAAACAAAUGCUGUACUCUGAUUUUCUUUAGCUGGGUUUAUUUUAUCUUUCUUUGUAGAGACUGCUUUCUAUCCCAUGUUCUAGAGUAAAUUAUGAAAGAAUGUUAUUUUGAGCUUUAAACUUUAUUUGAAAAAAAUAUUUUCUACAUGCUAUCAAAGUCUACAAAAAUAUUUUACUUACUUUCUACAGUACAACUAAUGUUAAAGCAUGAAGUAUCUUAUUAGUAACAAAAAUAAUAAUAACCUAAAUUUGCGAGGUAGCAAAUGAAUUAUAGUGUCUGGCAGUUUCCUCUUCGGUACAUUUUCUUUUGCUUCAUAGUAUAGAGGUCAUACGUCAUUCAUUCACCUGUGAAAUUAGUACAUUUUAUGAGGAAUAAAUAUUUGG